GGCCCCUCCAGCCCCAUCGUGAUGCUCCGGGAUGUGAGGAGCGCCCCGGGACCGCUGCCCUCGCUCCGGGACAAACCCAAAACCAUCCGGGUCAUCACCAAGGACAUGGUCCGGGAGCUCAUAAUUCCCAGGGACAGGGCCCCGGCCUCUCUCAUCAUUGGGAAAAAGGAUUUUGAGCGGAUCCAGGAAUCCGCUCGGCCCCUGCCCCAGGAGGAGCGCGGGGAGCGCCUGAGGACCCUCAAAUCCCGGCAGGACGCGGCUUUCGAGUCCCUGCGGAAGGUCCGGAGCGCGGAGCUCAGAAGGGCCGAGCUGCAGGACAGGGGGGACCCGAGGAGUGACCGCGAGGAGGAGGAGAAGGAGAAGCCGGAGCGGCCGCAGCGGGCGAGGAAGCCCUCGGGCCCCUCCAGCUCCAUCGUGAUGCUCCGGGAUGUGAGGAGCGCCCCGGAACCGCUGCCCUCGCUCCGGGACAAACCCAAAACCGUCCGGGUCAUCACCAAGGACAUGGUCCGGGAGCUCAUGUGAG